GUUUAAAUCGUUUAAAUAGAUACACUGCAGUUUGCCUCAGCAACUCUUUAGUAAUAUUACGGUACUCCCUCUUGGAUUUACACAUUCACUUUAGUUCUCAUUUCACCCUAACAAGGUAAAGACGAGUGUGCUUCACAUGGUCAAACAAGGGUCGCAGGUGAUGCUUGAGCUGCUGGCCUCGAUGUGAGGCAGCACGGUGCAGGAUGGACAAACUCUUCGGCGGAGAGAAAGCAGCUUCCAGCAAGCUGAACCGCUGGGUGGACCCGUCCUUCGCUGAAUUGCCAGGAGAAAGCUUUGCUGUGUCCAGAAGGAGAAAGGCUGUGAGCUCCAAGGCUGAGGUAAAGAAGCCCAGGAAGAGGGCAGGAGAGGCAGGCCGCUCAGAGCCCCCCACCCCCCCCCUGCUGAGAGAGCCCGCCCCCUGGGACCAGGAUGAGUCCUGGGUGGACAGACACUCGCCCCGUUCACAGGCUGAGCUGGCUGUCCACAAGAAGAAGAUCGAGGAAGUGGAGAGCUGGAUAAAAGUUCACACAAACACAUCAAAGGGUGGUGUGUUGCUGCUGACGGGACCCUCGGGCUGUGGGAAGACUGCCACAGUCAAGGUUCUAUCUCUGGAGCUGGACCUCAGGGUUCAGGAGUGGACUAACCCCUCCAACCAGGAGCCAUACAGCAGCAGUCAGCAUGAAUGGAGGACGAACGGUUUGUCCUUCACCUCCCAGUCAACCCAGUUCCAGGACUUCCUUCUCCGAGCAAACAAGUACAAGUGCCUGAAGAUGGUUGGUGAUGGUGGAGCUACAGACAGGAAGUUCAUACUGGUGGAGGAUUUCCCAAACCAGUUCUACAGGCAGCCUGACAGCCUGCACGAUAUCCUCAGGCGCUUUGUGAAGACCAGUCGGUGUCCCCUGGUGUUCAUAGUGUCAGACAGUCUGAGCGGAGACAGCAGCUCUCGCCAUCUCUUCCCCAAAGAGAUCCAGGAGGAGCUGGACAUCAGCAGCAUCAGUUUUAAUCCGGUGGCUCCAACCACAAUGAUGAAGGUCCUCUCUCGGAUUUCCACCCUGGAGGCAGGCAAGAGCGGGGGAAGGAUGUGCGUCCCUGACCAUGCAGUGUUGGAGAAGCUGUGUUCAGGAAGCUCAGGAGAUGUUCGCAGUGCCAUCAACAGCCUCCAGUUUUCCUCCCUCCCAGACACGUCAUUGGAAAAGGGGCUGUUGAGGAAGGACCGACAGGGGACAUCACUGGGCAAAGCUGUUUCCAGAACAAACCAGAAGAAGAAGAGGUCUAAACAGAAAAGGGAUCAGGGAGAGGAGCAGGCUAUUGGAGGGAAAGAUGCUUCUCUGUUCCUGUUCAGAGCUCUGGGGAAGAUCCUGCACUGCAAACGAGGGCAACGGGAAGAUGUUGAAGUGGUUGAGAGUCCCCCUGGACCCCCUCUACCCUCUCACCUGUCUCAUCAUCACAGAGAAGCGUUACUCGUAGACCCUGAGUUUGUUGUUGAGCGCUCACACAUGUCCGGGGAGUUCUUCAGCCUGUACCUCCACCAGAACUACCUGGACUUCUUCUCCGAGGUGGAGGAUGUGGACCGAGCCAGCGAAUAUCUGUCUGAUGCUGACCUCCUCAAUUCUGAUUGGACGAGUCGCAGCACCAUGGAGUAUUAUGGGUCUUCAGUGGCCACAAGGGGGCUCCUGCACUCCAACUCGCAGCAGGUUUCUGUCGGCUUCAGACCGCUUCACAAGCCCAACUGGCUGCUGGUCAACAAAAAGCACCGAGAGAAUGGCCUGGCUGCUCAGUCUCUGUUCAGGAGCUUCUGCCUCACACCGGUCAGCCUGCAGACUGAGCUGCUGCCCUACCUGGCCAAACUCACCAACCCUCUGAGGAACCAAGCUCAGAUAGCUUUUAUCCAGGAUGUGGGUCACAUGUCGCUGAGGAGGCUCCCCGGCAGAUUAAAGCUGGAGGCUCUGACAGACAAAGAGCCAGCCCAGCCGGAGAGAGACAGUGAGGAGGAAGAGGAGCAGAAAAAGGAAGAGGAAGGUCAGGCUGGGGUUGAAGAGGGAUUGCCUGAAAGUCAGCCCCAGCCUACAACAAGCCAAGACCUUCUAGAGGAGGAGGAGGAGCUGCUCAUAGAGGACUACAACAGUGACUAACACAUCCACUGUCAUACUGUGACACAUUCACUAUUUCACUGGAUGUUCUUAUGAAUGAGUUUUGGCUUGUAUGGAGGAGGAUCAGCGACACGUGAAAAAAAAAGACCAGGUCUGAGAUUGACAAAGGAAAAACAAUGUUACUAUUUAAAAGCUGGUAUACUUUCACUUUCCUCUCAGAAUUCAGACCUAGAUCUUUGAGAAUUUAGAUUUGUAUUCAUACCUGAACCUGUACACCAUAGUGUGUUGAUGACUGUGAUACUAGCUCUGGUAUCACCAGUGUUUUUGCCUCAUUGAGGUGUCACCUGUAUAAGAUAAGAUUGUUUAGUCUAAUGGAAGCUGUGAUUCUUAAGCUGAAAAACAGGCUCAUGAUAAUAUGAAAGCAUGGGGAUUCAUUUCUCCUAAGUGGCCCUUAACAGUUCAGUUUUUCCAGUUAAAAUAUUGUCAGUAUUUAUUGUGUGAAGUGCAUGUUCAGCACUUGUUAUGUUUUACUUCACAUCUCUUUGCUUUGCUGAGUGACUGUUGAACCUUAGAUGAACCUGUAAUGGAGAACUGUCUGUGAACAAGCCAAGCAUUACACUGAAAUCUGUUACAUUCACCGUGUUCCAUGGGUGGAUGGAACAUUACAGUAAAUGCCUUUUUGAUGGACAAAUAGUUUAUUUCUUAAGAAGAAUGUGAAUAAAAAAUAAUGUGUGAAACUGAU